AUGGAAGGUACGAUGUAUUUCUGACUGAUUUAUAUAAAUCUGACCAGAAUGCAGCUAGAAGUCUGAAUAUUGUAGAUUCAAAGAACUUUAUCGUCAACGAACUGCCUCUGGAAACAACUUCAAGCAGCUACGUGGCUUUGGAGAACUUGAUGGUAAGGGUACUGUAGUUUUUUUAGAGUAAUUUUUUGGGAAAAAGUUUAGUAAAAUGGCAUUUCAGGAAUCCAGAAACUUCAACGGCUACUUUGACUUUUUGAAAAAUACUGAUUUAUACGAAAAAAUGGUGAAUGAACUCAUGAAGACCAAGAACUUGACCCCCGGAAACAUUCAAAAAAUGGUUAAAAACAUGUGGAGUGACUAUUUUAGAAACGGUAAGUAUUCUACUCUAUCCUACCCUAUUCUACCCUACCUUACCCUACUCUACCCUACCUUAUCCUACCCUACCCUACCCUACCCUACCCUACCCUACCCUACCCUACCCUACCCUACCCUACCCUACCCUACCCUACCCUACCCUACCCUACCCUACCCUACCCUACCCUACCCUACCCUACCCUACCCUACCCUACCCUACCCUACCCUACCCUACCCUACCCUACCCUACCCUACCCUAUCCUAUCCUACCCUACCCUACCCUACCCUACUUUACCCUACCCUACCCAAACCUUCUUUUACUCUACUGUUCUUUGCUCUAUUGUACCUACCUUAUUCUUAUUUGACCUUAUUCUUGCCUUGCUUCAAGCUUAUAUUUCUUUACUGUAUUCUUCUCUACCCUUACUGUAUCUUCAUUUAUCUUCACCAUAUCUUGUUCUAUCUUACUUUUUCCUGAUUUACCUACAAUUUUAACACUAUCUCUGCCUUUCGUCUUUUAAAAUUACAUUUUAAUUUUGCUUUAACUUAUCAUGGCCUACUGUAUUUUUAUAUAAAAUUUAUUUUAACUUACAAGUUUUAAAAAUUUAUUUUUAAUUUAAUUUUAAAUAAUUUAGAAUCCAACGCUUUCAAGAACUGGUAUGGUGUAUAUCUGGAACAGAAAAAUGGAAAUUUGGUUGAAACUGUAAACAAAGUGGUUGAUCAGGUAAAAAAUUUUUUAAUUUAUAAGAUUCCUUUCCUGUUUGAUUGUCACUUAAGUGAUUUUUAAAUUUUGUAAAAACUACAAUAAAUUGCUAGUUAAAUUUUUGUUUUUACUUUUGUUACAGUAGUUUUAACAUAAUAUUUUGUUUUCUAUGAUGUUACAGUAAUCCUACAGCUCUAAAAUAAGUUACAGUAAUCAAACCGCUCAAAAACUUCAGUAUCUUAAGCUUCAAAUUCUUUUAGAACGGUGUCUACGCUGGCUGGUUCAAAACCUCUGAGGGUACAAUUGUAAAGCGCACUUUCUUCCACGGUACGAGCCCUGAGUUCGACAUCAUUGCCUUCACCAUGUGCGCGCUAGAAACAAAGCGCGGCCAAGAAAACAAACGAUGUGGAUUCGCGAUUGACGGUGCGCCAGUAGCUGUAUUUGUAUCUACUAAACACGUUCGUGAUGUAGUUACUGUGGUUACGGCCGAACCAAGACGCGUUUUUCAGCUACAGGCUGAGAAGGAUGAAAGUAAGAUCAUGAAGACCAAGAAGCCAAAUAAGGAUGACUCUUUCCAAAAGUUUGUGGACAGAAUGUGGGCUGCUGAUGUUGAUAGAGCCAAGCCUACGGAUGUAAGUCUGAAUUGGCAGCAAAAGGUUGGGAAGAACCAUGGAAACUUGAAACCGUAAGUUUAGAUUACUUGUGUAGCUCUAGCUCUAGCUCUAGCUUUAGCUCUAGCUCUAGCUCUAGCUCUAGCUCUAGCUCUAGCUCUAGCUCUAGCUCUAGCUUUAGCUCUAGCUCUAGCUUUAGCUCUAGCUCUAGUUCUAGCUCUAGCUCUAGCUCUAGCUCUAGUUCUAGCUCUAGCUCUUAUUGUAGCACUUGCGUUAGCAAUGGUUCAGGUUCUAGCUCUUUCGCUAGCUCCUACUGUAGCACUUGCGUUAGCAAUGGUUCAGGUUCUAGCUCUUUCGCUAGCCUUAGAUCUAGCUCUAACUAAAGUUCAAGCUCAAUACCUAGCCUAGCUUUAGAUUUAUCUUAUUGUUAAGCCUUUGCUUUAGCCUUAGUCUGACGUUUAGCUCUUGCUUAAUUUUAAAACGAGCCUUGCCUUGCUAUGCCUUACUCAUGUCUAGAAAUUUACAUUACGUCCAUAUAGAAUUGAUUUUUUUGUUUUUUGUACUUUUUAACUUUAUCUGCUUUAACUACUAUGGCCAUACGUCUUAGGUUUACAAUAAUUCUAUCUGAUCUUUUUUUGGUUUAUUUUUAAGCUUCAAUACAUUCAACUAAAUAAAUUAACCUCAUUUCAGUUUGUUUAACUACGUAAACGAAACAAUCUUUAACGCUCCAGUUUACCAAGCCCUGUUCAAUGUUUGGAACCACAAAAUUUUUGAGCCAGCCGUCUGUAAAGAAGAACUACCAGUUGAAGGCCAAAAGAAGGCAGUGCUACAACGUUUUUUCCAAACUAUGACAAACCACACCAUCUUUAAAGUAGCACUAGAAUACCUACAAGAAAAGGGUGUCUACAGUCCAGCCAAGCAUGAUCAGUUCAUGGACCAUCUCUUCUCUUUAUGGUUCGGAGUCUACAGUAGAUGUCACGCACCUUUGGGUAGUAGUGGCUUUGAACAUGUCUUUGCUGGUGAGACCAAAGGUCGAGUUGUGGAUGGUCACCACAACUGGGUCAGGUUCUAUUUGGGCGAAAAGGCUGGUGACAUUCAAUACAAAGGAUAUUAUGUAUACGAUGAAGGAAUCAUUGGUACGAUACAGUACGACUGGCAAGGAGCUCACAAGCAAAAAGGCGGAUUCUUCUUUUACACGUCUCCUGGUAGGUUUUGAAGAGGUAGAGGGGGGAAGGGAGUGAAAGGUAGAGGGUAUAGUAGUGUAAAGUAAAGAACGGUAACUUUGGACAGACCAGCAUGAUGUAAUGUAGUAUAAGUAGGUUAAUGUACAUAUUAGUAGGAUAGCGUACUGUAGGUAAAGAAGGAUAAGGUACGGUAGCGGGAAGUAGGUUAGGGUAGGGUAGGGUAGGGUAAAAAAAUUUAAUUUUUUUAAUUUUUUAAAGCGGACGAUUUACUGUAACUAAUAUUCAACUUUUCAGCCUUUGACUUCGCGGUCUACUCAAGUUGUGUCCUAACCCACACUGGCAAUGAAGGUUGUCGCUUCAAGAUCAACAACUAUGAUCUGUUUGUAACUUCAUUCCAACAACGAUGCAAUAGCGGUUCAUGCAUAUCAACAUCGUAUGCUGGAAUCGUCGAAUAA